UGAGGGAAUGCCAAGGCGAAGCGAGACCCAGUUCCCGUUUAACUGCGUGAGGAGUGCCAUCGGCACCGAGUGGGGGGAAAAAACAAAAACAGGUAGCCAUACUUAGAGCCACGAUUAUUGCGUGGAUGAACGUCACUCCAGGCUAGACUCGACACCACUAUACACAAGCUGUUCUUUAGAAUGCCUACUGGUAGAUGACUAGAGACAAUGAAAUAUUCACGGAUUCAUUUCGCGCCAAGUUACAUCACAUGUAACUUCAUAUUGCUUCAGCGAUUGGCUCACAGUUUAUCUGAAGGACUCUGAGCCAAUGAAAAAAUCAUUCAACCGAAGAAGUAUCGAAUCGCAAGCAUGCCAGUCGACAGGUCUCGAAAGUGAAAAGCCAAUGAGCAGGUGGCAUUUGGCCGAGUGUGUAGGGGAUUGUGGAGUCCAUCCUAAAGCGUGAUCAAGAGAGUGUCAACAGCAUUGAAGUCCGAUCAUCGACGCGAAGAGGUUGUAUAAGUGUUUCAAGUCUACUUUAUGCGCAAGGACUCAGCAAAAUAAUCUUAGCCUUUGUGCACCACUGCACGGAGGCCGAGACAACAAUGUACCUUCUGUGAUGUUGAGGAUGGGGUGCGCUGAAGACGUAGCGCCUGACGCAGAAUGUGCAGAGGUCUGCGGUGUCCUCAGCGAGAAACCUCAGGGGAAGGGCGCGGACGCGCCGGGCUCCAGCGACGGGCUGGGGGCCGCCUGGAAGUUCUGGAGGCGACGGCGACACAUGCUCACUCUGCUCGCCUUCUUCGGCCACAUGAUCAAGGUCGUGCUCAGGGUCAACAUGAACGUCGCCGUCGUCGCUAUGACGGAAGAGGUCCCCGUCACCGCCGAGAACGGCACCACGGUUUACGUGCGGGAGUUCGACUGGGACGCGCCCACCAAGGGCCUGCUUCUCAGCGUGUUCUUCUACGGCUACACGCUGACGCAGCUGCCUGGAGGGAUCCUCGCCAUGAGGUUGGGCGGCCACAGGAUGUUCGGAUGGGGCAUCGCCUUCACGUCGGUCACCACCUUGCUGACCCCUGCCAUCGCCCGCACGCACUUCUACCUGCUCAUGGCCGUGCGGCUCGCCGAGGGUCUUGCCGAGGGCUUCCUGUCGGCCAGCAUCGAGCUGCUUUGGGGACGGUGGGUGCCGGUCCAUGAGAGGAGUCGCCACGUGGCCUUUGCGUGUUCGGGCAUCCCAUGGGGCGACAUCGUGGGGCUUUCCAUGUCAGGGCUGGUGGCCAGUAACCUGGGCUGGCCGGCCAUCUUCUACCUCACAGGGGUGUGCGGCCUGGCGUGGUUCGCCUUCUGGUGGUCGGGCGCGAAGGAGCACCCGCACCUCGACCCGCGCAUCUCGCCGCAGGAGCUGGACUACAUCCGGCGGUCGCUGGGCCCCGCCGUCAACACCGAAGGCCGCAUCCCUUUCGUGGCCAUACUGACGUCACUCCCUGUCUGGGCGAUUUUGGCCGCAGGCAUGAGCAACUGCUGGAACCACUACACGUUCGCCAUGCACCUGCCUUCCUACUUGAAAGACGUGCUGCAGUUCGACCUGCAGGAGGCGGGCAUGCUGGCGGCGGUGCCCUACCUGGCCGAGGUGAGCCUCAUGUUCGCCUUCGCGCACCUCGCGGACACCGUCGUCGGGGGCCGCCUCGCCGGAGUCACCGCCAGCCGCAAGGUCUGCAUCUGCGGCUGCCUGCUGGUGAUCGCGGGAGCCACUCUGCUGGUGGCACGCGCCAGGCUGCCCGGCGCCGUGCUCGCCUGCCUCAGCGUCGUGCAGACCUUCGACGGCGUCGCCUGGAGCAUGAUGCUGGUGAACCAGCUGGACAUCGCCCCCGGACACGCCAGCAUCCUGACGGGGCUGCACCACACCAUGUGUUCGCUGACGGGGGCCACGGGACCCAUCCUCACCGGCUACGUCACGGAGGGCAAGCGGGCCGAGGACUGGGUGGUGCUGUUCUACAUAGCGGCGGGGGUGAACACGCUGGCCGCCAUCUUGUACGGCGUGUGCGGCAGCGGGGAGACGCAGCCCUGGGCGGCGCGGGACAAGAUGGCCGCCGCGGACAAGAUGGCCGCCGCGGACAAGAUGGCCGCCGCGGACGGGCGCCCCCCUCUCCUGGCCGAGGCCGGGGAGGAAGACGCCGCCAAUAACCGCAUUGCCGCGCGGGCAGGGUCGUAGCCAGGACUGUGCGAAGCGCAACCAUUAAAACAUUUUGUCUUAGUAA